AGCAAGCCAAAUUCCGAUUACGUGACCUCUAGAACCCUUCUCGGACUCUGUCGGUUAACCUCAUUCUGUCUAGCUUAUCAGGAUCCUGGGCCAGACACAUCUGAAAGAGAAGUCUGGGUCCGGUGCAUGUGCUGGUGUGCCGAAGUCCAUCUGACCAGGUAGAAGAACUUAGUGCCUUUCUCCGGGCAGGAAACAGCAACGGCGAUCGGCGAAGCAUGGUCAUAACUGCGUGCAGACACUACGGCGAUUAACCCUUCCUGGCCAUCGAGGUGACUUCGACGACGUUACGUGAGGCCAGUCUUCUCUGAGCAAGUAUAAAGCUAUAGCGCUGUUCGAAACCCGUCAGGUUCUUCACGGUCAACUAAGUUGCAUGAUUGAUUUCUGCUCGCGGGGACCCAAGAAUGGACGACGCCGGUGAUAGCUCUGUGGAAUGGAUGUGGCCUGAGUAUACCAGAGAGGAAGCCGAAUUGGAUCCUGAUAAUGUCAGGAUCAAGAAAGAUAUUGCAGCCCAGUAUGGAGAAGACGCUCUGCGUCGUAGCUGGAUUGCCGUCUGCAAACAGCUUGAGGUUCUUACGCAAGCAAUCAAAGAAGACGGGACUGGUCUCAUUCAUGAAUUUUCCUACGAGGACUUCUUCAAAAUGACCGACGUGGAAAAGGAGGAGAUCAAACGGAGAGGCUGUGUGGUUGUAAGAGGUACCAUUCCAGAAGAAACAGCCAGAUCCUGGUUUCAGGACAUAAAGACCUACUUGCAGGAGAACGAUGGUGUCAUCACUGGCUGGCCCAAAGAGGAACCGUACAUACUACAGCUUUACUGGUCGCGGGUGCAACUUGGCUGUCGCACUCAUCCACGCACUAUGGCUGUGCAGCGUGCCAUCCUGAAUCUGUUCAACGAUGAUGAUGAUCCCGAGAAGACAUUCGCUGCACCACUAGCCUAUGCCGAUGCCAUGCGCAUGCGUCCUCCGGGAAAGCGCUUUUUGGGCUUGGGGCCACACAUUGACGCGGGUAGUCUGUGUCGCUGGGGUGAUCCUGCAUAUCGCCAAAUAUACGACAAGAUAUUUGCUGGCAAACCGGAGGAAUUCGACCCUUUUGACUUUACUCACCGGAAGCGCGGUGACCCAGCGUACUAUCCUGGCGCCGACCAGUCGCACGUCGUCCGCGCUUUCCAGGGUUGGACGGCACUGUCCCCUGCGGCUCCUCAUGAGGGCACACUCCAGCUCUUCCCAGAUCUGAGGUACGGCAUUGCAUACGUGUUGUUGCGACCGCUCUUCCAGCCACCAGAGAGCAGCGCUGAUAUCAUGGAUGCUGAAAAAUGGACACUUAACCUCGACGAUCCUUGGUUCCCUGGAGUUUGGCGACACACUCCUCAGGUACUCAGUGCAGACGCCUUUCCUCAUAUGCGCCUGAAGGAGUGCUUGGCCUAUAUUCCUAAGAUGGAGCCUGGAGAUACUGUAUGGUGGCACAUGGAUAUGUGCCAUGCAGUCGAGAUCGAGCACAAAGGCACAGAACCUGCAUGUGUGGUCUACGGCGCCGCAACUCCAACCACGGAAAUGAACGUGCGAUAUAUGAAAGGUCAAUUACAGGAUUUCCUGAACGGUGUUUCUCCAGAAGACUUCCGCGGUGGGUGUUACGAGAAGGGGUUGAAAGGGUUUCCUGGGGAGGCGGCCAUCCUGAAUGGUGAGGAAGGCCGAAGAGCGUUUGGAUUCGCAUCAUAGAGUGAGUCUACGUCCUGAUCGUGGAAUCGUGGCGCUUGUGCUCCUUCCAAAAAUCCCUAUGAAUGGGAAAGGCUGGUCAAUUAUCUGGAUGACAGAUGUUUUAGGCAUGUACCUACCUACUUAGAUACUUGUGGGCUACCCUGUGGACGCUUGGCGCCCGGCAACGACUGCAUGGCAUGGUUGUUCACCCCUAACAU